UCUGGACGGAUCUUUAGAAGAUGGAUGGGGUCUUAUUAGGAUGGACCGCUCUCCUGUGGGUAAUAGAUGUCUUUACAGUUUCCUCAUCCCUUCUCACCAUGAGGAUUCUCACCUUCUUCUGAACUAUUAACUUGUUCUCUCAGUUACCUUAUUUGGACUUGUAAAUAUUUCAGGAACAGAGGUUACAUUUAUUUGUGAUUCAAGGACUGCAGGUCAGGGUGCCUGAGAAGAAACGGGUAGCAAUGCUAUUUCAGCCUGUUGUGCUUCGAUGCCACUUUUCAACUUCUUCCACACAGCCAGCUGUGGUGCAGUGGAAGUUCAAGUCCUAUUGCCAGGAUCGCAUGGGAGAAGCUUUGGGUGUGGUCUCUGCAGGGAUCCAGGCAGUAAGCAAGAGGAACUUGGAAUGGGACCCUUACGUGGACUGUGUUGACAGCAGGAGAACAGUUCGCAUUGUGGCUUCCAAGCAGGGUUCUGCAGUCACAAUUGGAGAAUUCUACAAGGGACGAGAUGUCACCAUUGUUCAUGAUGCAGACCUGCACAUUGGAAAACUGAUGUGGGGAGACAGUGGGCUAUACUACUGCAUCAUUGUCACACCAGAUGAUGUAGAGGGUGAGAAUGAGGAGUCAGUGGAGCUGCUUGUUCUGGGCAGGACAGGGCUGCUUGCUGAUCUCUUGCCCAGGUUUGCUGUGGGAAUUAUGCCAGAGUGGGUGUUUGUGGGCUUGGUGAUCCUGGGGGCUUUUCUCUUCUUCUUCCUGGUUGGGAUCUGCUGGUGCCAGUGUUGCCCUCAUAGCUGCUGUUGUUAUGUCCGCUGUCCCUGCUGUCCAGAUACCUGCUGCUGUCCACGUGCAUUAUAUGAGGCCGGAAAAGCUGCAAAGGCUGGGUAUCCUCCAGCAGCCACAUCAAUCCCGGGUCCUUACUAUAUUCCCACGGUCCCUGUGGGUGGCAUCCCAUCUCAUGCUGUCAUGAUGGAAAAGUCACAUCUUCCUCCAUUGGCACCCAGUGAAUCCAGCACAGGAAGCCAAAGCGUACGCAAAGGCUACAGAAUCCAGACUGACAAAGACAGAGAUUCAAUGAAGGUGUUGUACUAUGUUGAGAAGGAACUGGCUCAGUUUGACCCAACGAGGAGGAUGCGAGAAAGAUACAACAAUACCAUUUCAGAGCUCAGCUCCUUGCAUGAGCAAGAUGCCAACUUCCGCCACUCUUAUCGUCAAGUCCGCAGGAAGCCACUCCCUCCUCCAGGAGGUCUCCUGGAUGGCGAUUCUGAGUACUGGGCAGGGGUUGUCAGUGGAGGUGGCACAUCCAGACCACAGACAUGCUCUGAUUACAGGGAUGAGAGAGGAAGCUUCAGGCUGAGUCAGCAGAGAUCAAAGUCAGAGAAGCUCUCUCGGAAGAGUUUCUCCAUGGGAAUGCCAGCUGUCUCCAUGGAUGAACUUGCAGCUUUUGCUGAGUCUUACAGCCAGCGUGCCCGUCGAACAGAGGGCAAUCAGGAACCCAGGCGCUUUGAGAGAUCAGGGUCAAGAGUAGCACAUGGAGGGGGAGUACAGCACCAGGACAACUCCUCAGAUGAAUAUUAUGGCGCACGAAGGGGAAACCAUGAGCCACUGACAGAUUCAGAUCGGGGCUGGUCAUAUAGUCCCCACCGGAGACAUACCCAUGAUGAGAAACAUAUUCCUAGGCUAGUGUGUCGGACACCUGGAGGGAGUCAGAAGUACGACCACUCUUACCUAACCAGUGCCCUUGAAAGGAAAUCGCGAAGCUACGAUGAGAGUGGCGAGAACAGCGAGACCCCUUCAAAGCUUAGCUCCCAUUCCAGCCAGAGAGGUGGGUCGUAUUAUGCCUGGUCACCACCAUCAACCUACAAGUCAGGACAGCAGCAACAGCAGCAGCCGCAGCAGCAGCAACAACCUCCACAGCAGGAGGAAGGAGAAGAUCCUCUGCCACCUUACAGUGAGAGGGAGUUGAGCCGGGGUUCUUCAUACAGAAACAGAGAACAAUCUAAUCUCAAUUCCUCAGAGAAGAAAAGGAAAAAAGAGCCAAAGAAAACAAAUGAAUUUCCAACAAGGAUGUCUCUUGUGGUGUGAUGUUGUCUUAGAAGGCUUGUAUUAACAGACUGAUAAACCAGAAGCUCUCAGAACUACUUCAAGGAAUGUGCAGUGUCACUAGAUGUUGAACACUCUUGUCAGUUUUGUCAUGGACCUUGAGGACUUAUGUGAAAGCCAUUUCCAUCCUGUUGCUCUUACUCGGCUAUUGGAAAAGAUAGCCCCUUCACCAGGAAUUAAAGUGGGGUGUUUUGUUUUUACUGCACUUGUCCUGGGAUUUCACUGCACAAGGGUGAUGUCUCUGUACUUUAAUCCUCCAAUACGCCUGCAGUACUGAAGGAGCUGUGAUCUUGUACAGUAUAUAUUCUCACUCCAUUAUUAAAUGCUUCUCAACUGUGUGAAUGUACAUCCUACAAUUGGCAGAGAAAGUUGCUGAGGGUUUCAGGGCCUCUGGUCACUUGCCCUUUCACUCCUAUUUUAAGAGAAAGAAGGAAUUCAUGUAACAUUCCAAUCAUGGAAGUGGUGUUUUCAAGAGAAAUUGCAAAAAAGGAAGCCUUCAUAUUUUGAAAAUGACCCAAAACUGCAAUCUGGGACACUGCACUAUGAAGGACAGAGUAAUGAAAGACAUUUUGGAACUUUUUUUUGUAAAGGUCUACUCAUUCAGUAAUGGGAGCCACCAAUAAGAUUAAUGUUUUGUUUUGGAGGUGAAACUCAGUAAAUUUUGCUGUAAUGAAAAUGUGCCAUGUUAUUCCACUGUUGUCUGAUAUGAUGUAUCAGCGUUGCCUUACAGUUGAACUAUAGCCAUAAAAGGCUUCAGCUGGGAAUGCUGAUUGGUCUUACUGUAAGCAGAAUUCAUGCUCAGGUUCUGCUGACAGUACUCUCUGGACAAUGUUUAUUAUUUUUUUAAGCCAACUGAUAGGCAAGAGCAGAGCAAGAAUGAGAAAAUCAGGGUGCAAAAGAAAGGAAUAGCCAUUUCUUUUAUACUUCUACAGGGACCAAGCUUUCUACUAUCUGGUAAUUGGCUGAGGCCAUUCAACAAGGCAACACAAGAUAUGAACAAUAAAUAUGUUGGAUGAAACACCA